GAGUUACGGCCAACGCAUUUAGGAAUGGGUCCGAUCCUCGCUUUAGUUAGACACGAGCUAGCAAGAGGAGUCGGAUUCACCUGAGGACCUGUUGGACAAAUCCGCUCCCGUGCUCCUCCAAGUGUCAAGAGAGGAUCUACCACCGGUUGGUCUGGGUCUUUAACGGUCUCUUCUUUGUUUCAUAGGCUAAAGAUUCAAUUGCUAUUUUUCAAAGCAAUACUUAGAAAAAAGUGACCCGUUGAUAAGGAGACACUGCACUUUGCUGUUCACUGUUCUUAUUUAUUGUAUUUUGCACUGAAGUGGUCUACAGCGGUGAAGAUGCACAGCACGCAAAAGGAUACGACCUAUACCAAGAUUUUUGUCGGGGGUCUUCCGUACCACACCACAGACUCAAGUCUCAGGAAAUAUUUUGAAGUGUUCGGUGAGAUUGAAGAAGCGGUGGUUAUUACCGACAGACAGACCGGCAAGUCCAGGGGUUAUGGAUUCGUCACGAUGUCGGACCGCUCGGCUGCCGACCGGGCCUGUAAGGACCCCAACCCCAUCAUCGACGGCAGGAAGGCCAACGUGAACCUAGCCUACCUAGGGGCCAAACCCCGGGUGAUGCAGCAAGGUUUUACCUUUGGGGUUCCUCAAAUUCACCCCGCAUUCAUCCAAAGGCCUUAUGGGAUCCCGGCGCACUACGUGUACCCACAGGCCUUCAUGCAGCCCAGCAUGGUCAUCCCCCACAUGCAGCCCAACGCCGCCAGCGCCGCCUCGGCCGCCAGCGCCUCCUCCCCGUACAUCGACUACACCGGCGCCGCCUACGCCCAGUACGCCGCCGCCGCCGCCGCCUACGAGCAGUACCCGUACGCCGCCUCGCCCGCUGCCCCGGGCUACAUGACCGCCGCGGCCGCUGGCUACGGCUACGCCGUUCAGCAGCCGCUGAGCGCGGGCGGCGCGGCGCCCGGGUCAGCCGCCGCCGCAGCCGCCGCCGCCUUCGGCCAGUACCAGCCCCAGCAGCUGACCGACCGCAUGCAAUAGCAGCCACUGCAGCCAAUGGACACGCAGCAGGGAGGAGGCAAGGCCCGCCCUCGCCCACAGGCGCUCUGUCUGAUUGGUCAGGAGCACAAGGGGGGCCGAUGGAAGAAAAGGAAGAGGGAGGA